AUAAUUGAGCCGAAAAUUCAACAACAACACCUGUGGCUGUCAAUCUUUGAAAGAAACCAGAGAUAUCCCAAACGUAACUUUCUCGUUUUUCCAUCAAUGUCAAUGGUCUCCCUCCUCCCUAUCCUCCUCCUCUACCUGAUUUACACCACCGGAGAAGUCGUCUCCGACCACCGCAAGAUCCGCAUAGACGACGAUGUAUACUGCGAAAGCUGGAGGUUCUCCGUCGAGACAAAUGACGCCGGUUACUGGUCGACCAUUCCGGCGAGGUGCGUGCAAUUCGUGCAGGACUACAUGACCGGAGACGGGUACCGGUACGACUCGGAGAUCGUGGCGGAGAACUCGGUGAGGUUUGCGAAGACCGUUGAGAUUUCCGAUAGCGGAAGCGACGGGUGGGUUUUCGAUAUCGAUGAGACUUUGCUCUCCAACUUGCCCUACUACCAGCUCUACGGCUUCGGUUUUCUGUGUAGAUCAGAGCCUUUUGACGAGGAAUCUUUCGAUUCUUGGGUGGAUUUGGCUGAGGCCCCCGCAUUACCUGCAAGUUUGAGUUUAUACAAAGAGCUCAAACAGCUGGGUUUUAAGAUAUUUCUGUUAACUGGGAGGAGUGAAUAUCAAAGGAAUGUCACAGAGAAAAAUCUUCUAUAUGCAGGGUUCACCAAUUGGGAGAGGCUAAUCUUGAGGGGGCCUUCGGAUCAGGGGAAACCUGCAAUCAUCUAUAAAUCUGAAAAGAGAUCAGACUUGCAGCAUGAAGGUUAUAGGAUUCAUGGAAGUUCUGGUGACCAGUGGAGUGACUUGUUGGGCUUUGCAGUGGCUGGACGAUCCUUUAAACUCCCAAAUCCAAUGUAUUAUAUCUCUUAAUAGAGAUUGUAUUUAACAAUGAUGAAAAUGAUGUUGUUGUUGUACUUAAAAUUCUAUGGCGCAGAUUGCUUGCCAUCAUCAUUUGAGGACUUCUUACCUGGAUAA